AUGGUUCCCUCUUCAACUCUUUCACGCAUCUCCAACCCACUUGUAACGUCGUCACAACUGCUCCAGUACAGGUCAGCGAGUACCGACACCUCCCACUCGACGAACUUCGCCACCUAUGUCCUCACUCAUGCCGCCGGCAUCCUCCUACGCCUCCCCAUCGAAGUCAUAGCCACCGCCAUCGUUCUCCUGCAACGCUACCAAAUCGCCUACUCGCCUACCCAAACCAAGUCCGAAUCCGAACCAUCACACCUCCUAUCAGCAGCUGCCCUCUACAUCUCUUCCAAGCUAGCGUCGAUCCCCACCUCUCCUCGCUCGAUCGUCAACGUCUACGCCUACCUAACCCGCCCAGCCAGCAGUCCCCUGCUCUUCGUCAACGCAACCCCUCCCACCGACGCGCCAGAUCCAGACAAACACGCCCACUACGUCUCUGAAGGCGACCUCGAUCGUGUCCGCGUCAAGCUCUUCCACGCCGAGUCUCUUCUCCUUGCCGGAAUCGGCUUCGACCCUCAGGUCUCACUCCCGCACCCGCUAGCAUUGACUUACCUGAGCGCGCUGGGCGUGGCGAGCAAUCAGAACUUGGCCAAGCGAGUUCUCGAGCACCUCAAUGGCGCGUUGUUGUCGCCUCAGUGGCUGUACCUGACGCACCAGCCGAAUGUGUUGGCGGUGGCGGCGAUCUACUUGGCAGCGAAGGAGACGGAGGUGAAGCUGGUGGGCGGCGUGAAUUGGUGGGAAGUGUUCGAUGUCGGGAGAGAAGAGUUGGGAUUUGUAGUCGUGGGGAUGGGAAGCUUGGGUGGGUUUGCGGAGGAUGAGAGGAGUAAAUGGCGACAAGGGGUGGCGUUGGACUUCGGACAGAUGUGA